AUGGCACCUCUGGAGUUCUCCUCGAAUGUGGAGCAGGUCUGCUGCGUUGACUUCCCGAAGCGGCUGUCACUGCCGUUUGCGACGAACAUGGAGACCUCCCUUAAUCCUGGCAUGUCCCAGAUGAGAGACUACAGUAAUGACGGCCAUCACUUUCACUGGUUUUCAUACCUGUGCCCUCCCUCUGUCCUGCUUUCAGUCUCUGUGCUGUGCCUGCUGCCUCAGGCGGUGCUGGCACGGUGGGCGUGUGUUCGGGCCUGUCCGGCCUCCUGCUCCUGCACUCAGGAGAAGAGCUGCAGUGUGCUGUGCGACCGCUCCGGCCUGGCUGAGCUGCCCAAAGAGUUUCCCUGCGAGGCCUCCGCCAUCAACCUGGACAAGAACAGGCUCAAGUUCCUGUCGGAGAGGGCCUUCGGUACCCUGCCCUCCCUCAAGUCUCUGUCUCUGGACCACAACAACAUCUCCUUCAUCACUCCUGGAGCUUUCAAGGGCCUCUCCAACUUGGUGGAGCUGAAAAUGGCGCACAACGAGUACAUCAGCUACCUUCACACGCGGACGUUCACUGGGCUGAAGAAGCUGGUGCGCCUUGACCUGUCCGACUGCAACCUCUUCAACAUCCCGGACCGCAUCUUCAUAGAGCAGACGGCACUGAAGGAGCUGCUCUGCUUCCAAAACAACUUCAGGAGGAUCCCCGGGGCCUUCAGAGGCAUGGAGAACCUGACUCACAUCUACCUGGAGAGGAACAAGAUAGAGGCGGUGGCCUACAACUCCCUGCUGGGCCUGGGCAGUCUCAAGUACUUGAAUCUCCAAGAGAACCGCAUUAACGUGAUCCACGACCAGGCCUUCCAGGACCUUGUGCGACUGGAGAAUUUCUACCUCAAUGACAACCUGCUGUCUGAUCUGCCGCGGCUCGCCUUCAAGGGCCUCAGCCGCCUCAAGAUGCUCAACCUUGGGGGGAACCAGUUGACUAAUGUGUCCAAGACUUGGUUCAGUGACCUGGUGGAGCUGGAGAUCCUGUACCUGGACAGGAACCAGCUACUCUUCAUCGAGGAAGGCACUUUUGAGAACCUGACCAGCCUGAUCACGCUCCACCUGAACAGCAACAACCUCACCACCCUUCCCUUCCCUGUUUUCCAGCCCAUCUACUUCCUGGGUCGCCUCUACCUCUUCAGAAACCCCUGGGAGUGCGACUGCACCCUGGAGUGGCUGAAGGAGUGGAUGGAGAGCUACAAGCUGGUGCGGGACAUCCCCUGUGCCUCACCUUCCUCCGUGGCAGGACUGGAUCUCAGCGAGGUGGUCUUUGCCAAGGUGAACGGGACGUGUGUGGACCCUGCGGAGCUGAACCUGACCACCGCCUCCUCGGAGAUCGCCUCCACCACAGAGAACCGCUUCAACAGCCUCAUUUCCAAGCUGCUCCAGCAGGAGCUCAGAGAGGAGAUGGGGAAUGGCACAGAGAGCCUCCGCAACGGGACCCUGCUGGAGACUGAAGAGGGGCAGCUCUCUGCAGGGGUCAGAGGGCAACGGGCCCAGGCAAGCCAAUCACAUCUCUGCUUCAUUGUAGUGUGGCUCAUCUUUGGUUUGAUUGGCCUGUCAGAUAUUAAUGUCUGUCUUUCUUGCACAUGAGAACUGUGAAAACAGGGAGUAGCUUUUCAAAUUGCCGAUGAGAUAAAAGGUGUUUUUAUUUAUCCAAGCGAGGACCGAGGAAGCAGUGGUCCUCACAGGUGUGGUUACUGGUGUGAGUCUGUUCUGCCAAACACAGGAUUUUAGGAUUUAUUCCCGGUUGAAAUGUAAAUGUGGCAAACUGAAUAUUUUCAGCUAUCCACACAAGAGAGACUGAUGGCAUUAAUGUUCACAUGAGCAGUUUAUAUACAGUAAUCUAUGAUAUUUAUAGAUGACCUACUUAUAUAAGAGAAAUCACAGCUACACGUCUGAUACAUAUCUUUCCUCCUGGUUCAUAAACUGCUCUGCCAGAGCUGCGCGGUCACAGGAUUCAUGUCUACAAUUACAGAUUUCAAACUGUGCAUUAACUGUGGCAAUGUGAUGAAAAAGUAUAAGUGAACCUGCACCUUUUGUUGCAUAAUACUCAAUAAUUUUAAUUAAUGUUAUGUAAUAUUCAUAGCAUUACAUAGUAUGUUGCAAGUAUUUUAUUUGUAUUUUCAUUCACAUCUACUGUGUGUGUAAAGUCAGAGGAGAUAAGAGCUCCUAUAGUUAUCUCCUAAACAGAUGUCCUCUCUGUUAGUUUCUAUUCAUUCAACUCUAAAUGUGGGUUGUGCAGCUUUUCCAUAAAUGCAUUAAUCUUCUUAUUGCAUGUGGCUCAGUGUCAUUGCUGCUUGUGUGUGCUACUGAUGUACUGGAGGGGCUUUCUUGUUGCUUUUGCCUCCUAUGGAUGGAUGGACUAUUUCCCCCUUAUGGACA